AUGAGAGCCGAUCUCGCCAACACUGCUGUUGUGCGGCAACCUGAGACACGAGAAGCGCAUACUCCUUUACUAAAUGGAGGCCGCAAAAACAGGAUCUUCCUCAUCCCAGCUGCCGUUAAGAAGACCCUACAGCCUGACAGAUGGGACCUGAGAGGGGGACAGUUUGCGGUGCUGCUUGAUUCCACCAGGGGCAUUACUGGCAUCUACAGAGCCGUCUCAUUGAAUAUGCUGCGGUCCGCUAUUUGUGCGCAACACCGUCCACUGAGUGACCUAGUUGACAUGGCCUACACUCAGAUCACAAAGUGGACCAUCCUCUUAUGUUUUGUGAAAAUAACAGCAUCUUCAGUCUCCACAGGUUUGACAAAUAGAAGAAAAGGGAGGAAAAUCGUUUAUAAAAGUUUAUGCCUCUCCUUCUGCCUAGUGAUUGCACUGACUGUCCUGCAGAGAGGGACAGCUCCAGGACUAUUCAUGGAGGGAUCACUAAAGUUUUCCGGAUCCGGAUCACAGGAGCUUAUGAAUGCUCAAAAGAGGGACACCCAUCCAAUCCCUAGUAGUUUUUGGGCAAACAAGGUGAAGAAACAGGUUGCACAUGAUCUUCUGAGCACUGAGAGCAGCACUGUAGAGUGGGAUGUAAACUCUAUCAACUGCACAACAAACUGGAACCUCACACAUUUGGAUUGGUUCAAGACAAUAGAACCAAACUUCCAGCAGUUCUUGCUUUAUCGACAUUGUAGAUAUUUCCCUAUCAUUAUUAACAAUCCACAGAAAUGCAGUGAUGAUGUCGAGCUUCUCAUUGUGGUGAAAUCAAUUAUCACACAACACGACCGCAGGGAGGCUAUCCGCAAGACCUGGGGGAAGGAAAAGGAGGUGGAUGGCAAGAAAGUGAGAACUUUAUUCCUUUUAGGAACAGCCAUGAAGGAAGAGGAGCGGGCCAAUUAUCAGAAACUCCUUGAGUUUGAGAACUUGAUAUAUCGGGAUAUUUUGCAAUGGAACUUCCUUGAUUCUUUCUUUAAUCUGACCCUCAAAGAGGUUCACUUCCUUAAGUGGAUGACCAUCUACUGUCAUGGGGUGAAAUACAUCUUCAAAGGGGAUGAUGAUGUUUUUGUUAGCCCAGAUAACAUCCUGGAAUAUCUUAGCAUCAACGAAACACCUGACCUAUUUGUGGGAGAUGUUCUUUUCAAAGCUUAUCCCAUCCGCAAGAAGGAGAACAAGUAUUAUAUUCCCACUGCUCUUUAUAACAAAACCAGCUACCCACCAUAUGCUGGAGGUGGGGGUUUCCUUAUGGCAGGUCCAUUAGUGAAGAGGUUGUAUAAAGCAUCAGAGAGCCUAGAGCUGUACCCCAUUGAUGAUGUAUUUCUCGGGAUGUGUUUGGAGGUUAUCAAAGUCAGUCCAAUUAAGCAUGAAGGGUUCAGAACUUUUGGCAUUGUAAAAAACAAGAGCAGUAAGAUGAACAGGGAGCCAUGUUUCUUCAAGAGCAUGAUGGUGGUACACAAACUUUUACCAGAUGAUUUAAUGCAUAUGUGGAAACUUGUUCAUAGUAAUUUGACCUGUUCAAGAAAAUUAAACAUCCUUUAGUGUCUGUGCCAGUUAAAGUUCAGAGUGGACAUGUGUAACUUAUUUCAUUGUACUGUAAUCAGGAAUUUCCCUGGCAGGUAUAGGGAAAAGCCUUAUAUAAUUGAACUGUUUUAUUUGUAAAGCUCAUAUGGUUUUAUAGGACUUCAGACCUUGUGUGCCUUAUUUGAAGAGAUCUCAUGGAAUCUUCUUCAGGGACCGAGAUGUGCACAUUAGCCAACUAUAGGGCCAUGGAAUAUUCACACAAGUGCUACGUUUGUGGAGAAGGCCUAAUUAUGGACAGGAGCACAAAUGGGACCAUGAAUCUAUAACUCUGAGUUACCCUGACAGAAAUAACCAAGAACAAAACUCUGAACUAGCAUAUGUCAGGAGUCAUAUGUGCUCUAGUUUCUUGGGUCAGAAUGAAGUAAUGGAGAAAGUGACCCAAUGACUUUGAUCCCUAUGCGGUUUGCAGUGAAGCAUAAUCUCUAAACUGAUGCCAAAACCAUAAAAAAAACUCUUGUCAAAAGAGACCUCACAGAAACUUUUAUUUGAUUAUUUGACUUUAACCUUGAUUGGUUUGUUGAAGUAAAUGGUAAAAAUACGUAUUAAUUUAUGAAAGUAAAAUUUAAAUUAAAUGAAUGAAUAUGAAAAUCUC